AUGACGAACAGCAGCUCGUCGCCGACCUACUCGAAGCGUUUGCCGAUCCCAUCUUCGAGACGCACGAGUUGCUCCAGGGCCUACCGAACGGCGCGCGACUCGGCGUCGACGCUCGCCGAUAACGUGACCGUCGACGGCGAGACCGUCGCGCACGUCAGCAUGCCCAGCGAAGAGACGCCGCCGACAUGCUUUGGCGGAUUCGCGCGCCUCGACAACAACGAUAUGUAUCGCGGCCUCGUGGGCUAUCUGGACUCCGUGCACGGGAUCGAGGUUCGCGUCGAAAAAGAGGCAACCAUGAGCGGCAACGUUCGCCGCUUCGUGCCGGUCGAGCAUCAGCUUCUUCUGUCGGAAGUCCUCGCGCCCCGGUCCCGCAACUUUCAGCUCGCGCACCAGAUUGGCCUGCUCGAUAGCUCGGACAUCCUGAAUCGAAUCGCACGCGACCAGAUGCUGACCUCGCCCGAUUCACGGGCGCUGUGUCGGGUCGCGUUGGCGAACUACUUCGCGGGCGCCGUCCUCAUGCCGUACCAGCCGUUCCUCGAUGCCGCGCGGGACUUGGCGUACGACAUCGAACUUCUGGGGCAUCGGUUUCGAUCGAGCUUCGAGCAAAUCUGUCAUCGACUGACCACGUUGCGACGCCCCGGACACGAGGGCGUACCGUUUCAUCUCGUGCGUAUCGACGUGGCCGGUAAUAUUUCGAAACGCUUCACUUCGUCGGGCUUUCGAUUCGCACGCUUCUCGGGCGCGUGCCCGCGAUGGAACGAGCAUCAAGCCUUCCUCACCCCGGGCAUGGUCCGCGUUCAGCUCUCCCAGAUGCCCGACGGGACGGCGUACUUCUGCGUGGCCCGGACGGUUCGGGACAACAGCGGUGGCUUCACCGCGCCGCACGCAAUUCAUGCGGUGGGUCUGGGCUGCGAAGUUCGCUUUGCCGGUGCGCUGGUCUACGCCCGCGGCAUCGACCUGGAGAACGUCCAGGUGGCGGUCCCGAUCGGCGUCGCUUGCCGGGUGUGCGAACGAACGGACUGCGAGCAGCGGGCCUUUCCGCCGUUGCUUAAGCCACUUCGCGUGGAUGAAAACCGACGAGGUCGGUCGUUCUACAUGAACCCGCGCGACGACGAUCCGUAG